CAAGUGCUUUUAUCAAGAAUGCCUCACCAUGGCCAUACUCUUCUCUCUCCCUCUCUCUUUCUCGAGCCCCAACAUUCUUUACUCACCUGCCUCUUCUCUCUCCCUUGUCUGCAGUACAAAUGUGUAGUCAAGUUUUAGACUUUCAUUUUACCAAAAAAAGUUAUGAACUUUCAGUUUUUUUAGGUGGAGAUUUUUUGCUAAUGUGUUGAACUUCCUGAGACAAGAUGCUGCUGAUUUUCUGUCAAAGAGGAAAUGGUUUAACUCAGUCUUGGUAAAAAAAGAAACUUUUUUUUGUGUUCUUAGAAACCCAUUUGAAAGUUUCAUCUCUCUGUCUGUGAAAGUUCCCUCCUUUUUGUCAGAGAAAACAACAACACAUUCCUGAAUCUAUCAAGCAAGAGCCUUUCUUUCUUGCUUCAUUUUCUAAAGGAAAAAACCAAAGAAGAUAAGGGUUACUGUUAAAGAUGGGGUGUGUUGCCUCAAAACUAGAGGAAGAAGAGGAAGUAGUAGCUAUUUGUAGAGAGAGAAAACGUCAGCUGAAACUAGCUGUAGAGAAAAGAUAUGCACUUGCUGAAGCUCAUUGUAAAUAUUUUCACUCUUUGAAUGCUGUAGCUGCUGCUAUUAAGCUUUUUGUUGCAAGACAUUCUUCACCUUCUUCACCUUUCCUUAUAACUUUCCCUCCUAAGGGUCUUGACCCUUCUCCUUCUCAUUCAUCUGCUGAAAAUGUCAUAAAUAACCCUAUGUUUCUCCAGCAAACACCAUCAGAAACCAAGCAUGAAUCUGUUGCUUGCAACUCAUGUAUUGGUUCCACAACCUCAGAGUCUUCUGAGGAAGAGGGAGAGAGAGAAGUUGAAGGUUGUAGAGAAGUUCAAAAUGAACAGCCAAGUGAGUAUUUCUACAUGCACAUGCCUAUGAAUAUGCCUAUGCAUCAUAUGUCUAUGCCACCACCUUCAAUGCCUUCACCGCAGAGAGAUUUUGGUUGGGAUUUCUUUUACCCUUUUGACAGUAUGAGGCCAGAGGUUAUGAAUGGCUACCAUAGGAAUUCAGAUGAUGAUUUGAGGGCAGUGAGGGAGGAAGAAGGGAUUCCAGAGUUAGAGGAGGAAGUAGAAAGGGUAGAACUUGAGCAUAAGGUGGUGGUGAGUGUCAAAGAGAAGAAUAAUAAAGAAGGCGGAGGGAAAGUUGUGAGUGGUGUUGAAACGGCGAAGCCUGUGGAUGUGGCUAAUGAAAAUGAAAAUGUUGGGGAGCAAAAGGGGCUUGCUGUUCUUGAUACACCUGCAGAGGGGAGAGAGUUGCUUGAAGCUUUGAAAGAUAUCGAGGACCAUUUCAUUAGGGCUUAUGAGUCUGGUAAGGGCGUGACCAAGAUGCUUGAGGCUAAUAGAAUUCCCCUUCAUUCUAGUUUGGAGGAAAUCAAAGAAAGUUCGACCAAACUCAUUAAUGCAAUAACAUGGAAGUCCAUGUCAUCUAGGCAAUCAUCAUGCAAGAGUCUGGUGGUUCAAAAUAUGAAGGAUUCUUCAAGUUGGGUGGAAUAUAAGAAUGAUCUAUUUGAUGAUUAUGGAGGAAUGGAUUCGGGAAGUCAUUUAUUAACCUUAGGAAGGUUAUAUGCAUGGGAAAAGAAAUUGUUUGAGGAGGUUAAGGCUGGAGAUAGCACGCGGAAAAAUUAUGAGAAAAAAUGUGCUCAGUUGAGAAAUAAGAAUGUUAGAGGAGAUGAUGAAUUAAGCAUGGACAAGACUAGAGCUGAUAUGAAAGAUCUGUAUGCUGGGAUCUUGGUUGCAAUUCGACGUGCAGAGUCGAUCUCAAAGAGAAUUCAGAAAAUGAGAGACGAAGAAUUACAGCCUCAAAUUGUUGAACUAUUGAAAGGCCUAACACAAUCGUGGAAAAUCAUGUUGGAGUCUCAUGAAACUCAGAAGAUGAUUCUUUCCGAAGUCAAAUACUUCACAUGUCCCCCUUACGAUAAAUUUUGCAAUCAAUCUCGUGGAUUGGCAACUCUUCAGCUUGAAGCCGAGCUUCAUCAUUGGCGUGCGUGCUUUAGAGAGUAUACCGCAGCUCAAAAAGCAUACGUAGAAGCUCUGCAUGGAUGGUUAAGUAAGUUCGUAGUCCAUGAAGUUGAAUUUUACUCGAGAAGCAAAAAUGUUGCCAUGCCAAUGCCAUUUCAAGUCAAUGGGCCACCAUUACUUGUGAUAUGCAAUGAUUGGUUAACUUCCUUACGAAAGUUGCCUGAUAAGACAGUAGCACUCGCUUUGAAAAGUGUUGUGAAAGAUGUGAAAGCUCUUUGGAUUCAACAAAAUAAAGAGCAGCAACAGAAGAGGAAAGUAGAUAACUUAACGAAAGAUUUAGAUAGAAGAUAUGAUGGAUCAUAUAAACUGAAGACGAAGAUGCUUGAGUUGCAAGUAACAGAUCAUAGAUCAGAAGAAGAGUCUGUUCGUGAAGAAGAAUGCUUAAUGGAUAAAGGUGAUUACUUGGAGACACUGAGGAGAAAACUUGAGGUAGAGAAGGAGAAGCAUUACAGUUGCAUGCAAGAAACUCAGAGGAUGACAUUGAAUGGAUUGCAAUUUGGGUUUUCUCAAGUACUUGAAUCUUUGACAGAGUUCUCCAAAGCAUCACAGAAAAUGUACAAUGAUCUCGUGACUUUUAGUGAGAAAGCUGGGAACAUUUCGUAUAUAGAAGAUGGUGGUUGCAAUGUGGAAAACUGCAACAGCCAAAAUGGACAAUAGAAUUGUACUAGUAUUAGUUAGGGUGAUAUUUGUUCAUUUGGGAGGUGCUUUAUGUAAUUAUGUUUUAUUAAGUGUGAUGCUAUGUCGAAGCAGCUCGCUGAGACAUCAUCGAUUUUUAAGGUAUUUGUUUAGUUGACCAAGUGCAGACAUCGAUUUUUAAUGUAUUUGCACUAUUAGUGUUGGUAUUGUUGUUGAGAAAGUCCUGAGUUGUGGUUUUUGAAUUUUUAA